GGUAAGAUGAGACAAUCAUCGGUGCAAUAAAUUUUGUCAUACAGUCACAUUCGUCACGCGAUAAUGCAAUACAAACACACAAAUGACAAGGUUUAUAGAAAUUUAGACAGUCAUCAAAAUUUGACAAACAGUGCUGCCGACAGUUCCUGUGCAGAAAUAACAUGUUACGUCUAUAAACAGUAUAAACAUGUCAAAAAAAAAAUGUCUGAUGAGAAAUUAUACAAAUUGUCACGAAAAAAGGGGUUCGGCCCUGGGGAACAAGAAUGGGAUUACGUUCAAGUGCGUCCCAAGGCGAAUAUGUUCUGGUGGCUCUAUUAUACUACGGCAAACGUUAAUUCAUAUUACAAUAGGCCGUUAGUCAUCUGGUUGCAAGGUGGACCGGGCGGAUCCUCGACCAGUUUUGGAAAUUUCGAGGAAUUAGGGCCGCUCGAUGUGAAACUGAAUCCAAGGAAUUACACUUGGGUCAAGGACUAUAAUGUUCUCUUCAUCGAUAAUCCUGUCGGUACUGGCUACAGUUACGUCGAAACCGGAUCGGCAUUGACAACGACAAACACACAGAUCGCGAAGGAUCUUGUAGAAUGUAUGCGAGGAUUCUACAAGAAAUUGCCGAAAUUCGAGAAUGUCCCGACGUAUAUCACGACCGAAUCGUACGGCGGAAAAAUGGGGGCGGAGUUUGCGUUAGUCUGGGAUCGAGCUCAGAAAGCUGGCACCAUCAAGAGUAAUUUAAAGGGAGUCGCUCUCGGGGACGCUUGGAUCUCUCCUAUCGACUCCGUAUUGACGUGGGCACCAUUUCUACUCAGCACGGGUAUGGUUGACACGGAAGGUUUUAACAGAAUUUCCAGUGCAGCAGAAAGGACGAGUGCCAACGUCAAGCAGGGCAAAUGGACACGAGCGACUACAGAGUGGGCUAAUACGCAACAGGUCGUUUUACAGGAGACUUACAAUGUUGACUUUUACAAUAUUCUUACAAAGACGAAUCCGAAUUCGUUGAUUGCAUCGCCCUUGAUAUUUAAAGGUGGCAUGUAUCGAUAUCUCGGUCAAUCUGAUGACGAUGUCUCACUCGAAAAUUUGAUGAACGGUCCGGUAAGGAAAGCGCUAGGUAUCAAAGCCACUCAUGGCAGCCAAUCCGGCUCUGUUUUCGCGUACUUGAGAGAAGAUUUUAUGAAGCCCGUCAUUAACAUAGUGGAAAUGUUACUUAAUGAAACCAAAUUGAACGUAUUUGUGUACACUGGACAUAUGGAUCUAAUUGUCGAUACACCAGGCACUCUUCUCUGGGUCGAAAAACUAAAAUGGAAAAACGCCGACACCUGGAAAAACUCCGCUAGACGUCCGCUCGUCGUUGAAAACAUCGUCGAGGGCUAUUUCAAGGCUCAAGAUAACUUUAGGAUGUAUUGGGUCAACAGAGCCGGACAUAUGGUACCGAAGGACAAUCCAGCAGCCCAGGAGAUAAUACUACGGGAUUUGACGAGCAACGCAGACAAGUGAAGAAAAUUGAAAUCUGACGCUUUUAUUUUAUACCGCCGAGGCGUCUAUCGCACUCGGCAAUAGGUGUACAAAUUUUAGGCAAUAAACGGCAAAAACAAGGAAAUAACUAGGCAAUAUUGGAAAAUAAGCGGUAAUAUUAGGCGAAAAAAGGCAACAGUAGGCAGUACACGGCAAUAGGCGGAAAUAAAAAGUAAUAGUGUUUUAUAAAGCAGUUAUAGAAGAAAUAAACAAAAAAUAAAUAAGCAAUACAACGGGAAUAGCUGAACUAGUGCAGAAAUAGAAAAUAGACCUAAUAUCUCGCCAUCAAAAUCGUUCUUGUGCUUGCUACUGUGUUUGCAAUAACUGUAAUUAAUAAUUUUCUUGAUACGUUAACUAGUUUUAGCGAGAAUUUUAGUAUUCUGUCGUGUAUCAGAGUUAAAAAUGGGUAAAUAACCAGUUUAUAUUUUAAUAUUUUCAACUUUUUUACAUGUAAUAUAAAUGUCACGCGGUAAAGGUAUGAUCUCCGUGAAUAUAUACAUUUACUAUAGUCAAAACAUCUUACACAAAAUACGAACCUAAAAUAAUGAACCUAAUGCAAUAAUUUAGGUAUUGUUACAAGUUAUUUAACAUUUUAUGUUAAGUAGGUUAUUUUAAAUCCGUAAUAUAUAUGUAUGCUUUGACUCAUGGACGUUGAAAUAUCUGGACAGAGCAUAUUUCCGCGGAGUUGAAACCAAAGGAGAAAGGAAAAAUAUGAUCGUAGUUAAUCACACGAAAUAACGAUAAGAUUACGUGUAUUCUAUAAUAUAUUCAUUUACAGAAUAAGUAACCUUAAAUCGCAGUGAUACUUCGGUUAAAAUCACGUCAACGGGACAUGAAAAUAGAUAUAUCGUGUGCUAUAUGUACGCAAAAUCUGAUCAACCAAGAUGGACCAAGAUGGAUUUUCCCUACCCCCUUAGACUUCACUCCCCUCGUCUAAGAAAAUAUCUUACGCUCCGUCCAAAUAUUCCUACGUCCAUGCUUUGAUCUGACUAAUAUAAAUGUAUGUGCAUUUACUGAUAUCGCGCUUUAACUGUAUCUAACAUAAACAAAAUUAAGUACCAUAGUAGAUUUGUUCCAAAUUUCAUUAUGCAUUAUAUAUAUAUAUGUAUAUGUAAAUUAUUAGGUAUCUAUAUAUAAAUAACGGUAAUAAAGGCAGUAUUUAGGCAAUAUAGGACAUAAAAAUAAUAACUGCAGAAAUGUGGAAUUUAUCGCUGUUUUCGGCAAUAGAUGUACACUUUUUUAAAGUGCGAUAGACCCCUCGUUUUAUAUUGAAAUAAAUGUAAUUUAUAUACGA